AUGGAUCUCAGCAAGAGGGAAACCCAAAAAUAUCAAUAAUAGGUGAAUCGCAUUGAAAAACGAUAAAUUGGAUCUUUGAUUAUUUCAAUGAUAUAAUUAGAUUAGCCAAAGAUAAAAUAAUUGAUCGAAUAAUCCAUAGAGGAUUUUGAAUCAGAAUAUUCAACUUUGCAGGAUUUUCAUAUUAGUAGGAAGACAUAAAUUUAUUAAUCUAUGUAGCAAUUGAAAGCAUAGCUCUUGGAUUUAAAUAUGUUACAAUCCUCCUUUAUUGAUGGACCUCAAGAGAAAGAGAGAGAGUUUCAUGAAUAGAAAAUAGCAAGACUCAAUUAACUGAUCAAUCAAAAUUACAAAACCAUAGACUAAAAGGAAGUUCAAUUGAUAAAAAUGUAAAACAGUUUAAGUUCUUUAAUUGAUGAAUAUGAUCUAAAUAUCAAUUACAUAGAUCAAAUACUGUAAACGAUCGAUUCUAUUUUGUAUGAUGAAGAGAAAGUUGGCAUGAAAUUCUUCUAGAAGCGAGGAAGAGUCAAUGAAAUAAUUGAAAAUCUAGGAAAAUCAACCAUAAAAAAUAUCAAACUAGAUUUACCCAUGCUCAAACAGAUAAUAUAGAUUGGAAUUAAAAGCAAUUUCGCAGAUAAGUCAACUUAUAAAUAAACUCAAGAACUCUUGAUUACCUUAAGGAAAAUAUUAGUUGGAGAACUAAAUAAACUUAAUACCGACAAGAUUGAUUAACUUGAAAUUAGUAUCAAUUAAUUAAAGAGCGAAACCCUCAGAUUGAAAAGUCAAUUGUUAGAAUCCAGUUAGAAGUUGCAAAUUGAAAAUAGAGACAUUAGUGCGAUCACAGAAUCUAAGAAGAGAAUUGAACAAGAAUUAGUAAUUCUUGAUGAGGACUUGAGAUUGGAGAAUGAAUUGUUUAAUUAGAAGGAGGCCUUUUUGAUAGAGGAGGUUAAUGAAUUGAUGGAGAUUGAGGAACUUUUGAAAAAUAGAGAAUUGAUUUAAUACAUCCAAGAAUAAUAAUGA